AAGUAUGAGAAACUAAAAACAAAGUAAACUCUUUUUUUUUUUUUUGGUGGGGAUUAAGAUCACCAGUGACUAGUUUUGAACUGAGUCAAUCCCAGAAUUUAUGUUUUAAAAAAAACAAGAGUGAGUUAAUUAUCUGUUCUUCCCAGAUCGGGUGGCUGCUCAUACCAGAAAGCUUGCCGUUUGCAGCAGCACCAUCAAUUGGAUGUCGGUCAAGGAAGAUGAAAUCUUGAUUACGAGUCUUGCAGACUCUUUAUUGACAUCCAUUUCGGAAAUCACAGUAUCAGUGCCAUGCAUAGAGGUUGAACAGGAAAAUUUUAUCCAAAUCGGAUGCUACUUUUAUCGGACUUCUAUAGCCAUAAUGGAACUACAAACAACUGAGAAUUCCCCACCAAAUGCAAUGGAGAUUCUUCAAUCUCUAUCUGAAAGCAUUAGUUUAGCUAAGGAUCUUGUUCAGGGACUCCAAAAAGGCAAGCUACCAGUUUCUGGUUCUGAACUCAGAAGCAUCAUUUCACAGAUGGAGGAGCUGAUCAAAACCAUGGGAGAACACCUGAGUUCAAUACCAUCAUCAGCAUUCAAGGAUCAAGAAUAUGCAGAAAUUGCAAUUCAAUCUCUUUCAAAGGAGAUGAGGAACUCUCACUUCACAGUUCAAUCAUCUGAGAGCAAAGAUCUAGAUACACAGAUAUCAUCUCCCAAACAGCAGCCAAAACAAGAACCAUCACCAAUAGAAACAGAUCUCUACUCCAUCAAUGUUGAAGUUUCAAUGGAAAAUCCUUAUUUCUUAGAAUCCCCAAACCUUCUUAAAGUCAAAAGUAGUGGUAGCAGAGUGAAACAAGAAAGGGUUAGCCAAUCCUUAGCAAUGUUGCCUCAGGUGGCUCAAUACAUGGAGCCUCUAUACGAUACUUUCUACUGUCCACUGACAAAGAAAGUCAUGGAUGAUCCAGUCACCAUUGAGAGUGGAGUAACCUAUGAAAGAAAAGCAAUUACUGAGUGGUUUGAAAAGUUUGAAGUUUCAGCUGAAAUUCAAUGUCCCACCACCGGAAGGAAGUUGGUUGGUAGAGCUUUCAACCCGAAUAUUGCCCUUAAGUCCACAAUAGAGGAGUGGAAGGAAAGGAACGAAGCAGCAAGGAUUAAGGUGGCCAGGGCAGCUUUGUCUUUGGCUAGUUCAGAGAAUAUGGUAUUUGAAGCAAUAAAAGAUAUCCAUGGUAUCUGUGAAAGGAAUCCAUACAAUAAGGUACAGGUUUGCAGUGCUGGGAUGUUGCCUGUACUUGUUAAGACUCUGGAGUACAAAAACCAGGAUGUUAGAUGUGCAGUUUUGGAACUUCUAAGGCUAUUGGCAGGCAACGAAAUCGACAGCAAGGAAAUAAUAGCAGACGAACUGGAUUUUUCAGUUUUGAUAAGAAUGCUGUCAAGUAGUUACCAGCCUAUAAGACAUGAAUCCUUGCUGUUGUUGCUUGAGCUUUCGAGAUCUGAAUCAUUGUGUAACAAAAUAGGUUUAGUUACCGGAGCAAUUUUGAUGUUGAUCACAAUUACAUACAAACCUUCAGUUGAUGCCUUUGCUUCAGAAAAGGCAGGUGAGAUCUUGAAGAACUUAGAGAGGUCACCAGAUAACAUCAAGCGCAUGGCAGAAAAUGGACUCUUAGAACCCCUUUUGACUAAUCUUGCAGAAGGCAGUGAAGAUAUGAAGACAGAAAUGGCAAGCUAUCUAGGAGAAAUUGUUCUUGGACAUGACAGCAGAACCUACGCAGCUGAGAGGGCUUCUCCCACUCUCAUCAAAAUGGUUAGAACUGGAAAUGUUCUGUCUCGAAGGGCUGCCUUCACAGCUUUAGCACAAAUCUCUUUGUACCAGCCUAAUGCCAAAGUACUUGCUGAAGCUGGAAUUGUACAAAUCAUGGUUGAAGAGAUGUUCACUCGGAGAAUCCAUGAUGAGCUAGUAAACUCUAAAGCUGAAGCAGCUGCUAUACUGGCGAAUAUAUUUGAGACUGGGCUUGAGCUUGAGACUCUCCAAGUUAAUUCUCAUGGGCACACCAUGACUUCAGACUAUUUUGUAUACAACAUCAUCUAUAUGCUCAGGAACACUACCCCGGAUGAGCUAAACAUCAAUCUUAUCAGGAUACUCUUAUGCCUGACAAAGAAUCCAAAAUCAAUGGCUACAAUUAUCUCAGUGGUCAAAGAGACUGAAGCAAGCUACAUUCUUGUUGAGCUCAUAAACAAUCCACAUGACAAACUUGGGAUUGCAGCAAUAAAGUUACUCAUAACUCUUUCAUCCCAUAUAGGUCAUACUCUAGCUGAAAGACUCUGUAAAACCAGAGGCCUACCAGAAAAUCUUAUCCAGAGCCCAAAGGAGGUAACUCGAAUCUCUGAAAAGCAAGCAAUUUCAGCAAAAUUGCUAGCCAAACUCCCCCAUCAAAACUUGACACUCAAUCUAGCUCUUCUUUUCAAGAAUACAGUGCCCAUAAUCCUACAAACCAUCAGCCAAAUCCAAAAAGGUGGAACAAGAUCAAGCAGGCAUUCCAUCUGUUACUUAGAAGGCCUAGUGGGAACUCUAGUAAGAUUUACAACAACACUGUAUGAUCCCCAGAUACUCUUUCUAGCAAGAGCCCACAAUUUCACAGCAGUCUUCACUGAACUCUUAGUGAAAACAUCAAGUGAUGAAGUUCAGAGGCUAUCAGCUAUUGGGUUGGAGAAUCUCUCCUCAGAAUCAAUAAAUCUGUCGAAACCACCAGAAAUCAAGAAAGCCAAGCUCACGAGGUUUUUUUCUACCCCCAAGUUUCUAUCUUCCAGCUCUUCUAGGAAGAAGAAAGUCACAGUUUGCCCAGUUCACAGGGGGGCUUGUUCUUCAGAAAACACUUUCUGUCUAGUUGAUGCCAAAGCAGUUGACAGAUUAUUGGCUUGUCUGGACCAUGAAAAUGCAGAGGUGGUUGAGGCUGCAUUAUCAGCUAUAUGUACUUUGUUGGAUGACAAAGUGGACGUGGACAUGAGUAUGAACAUACUCAACAGAGCCAAUGCCUUGCAACAUGUUUUGAAUGUUGUGAAAGAGCAUAGGCAAGAGGGUUUGUGGCAAAAAUCGUUUUGGAUGAUUGAAAAGUUUCUAAUGAAAGGAGGAGACAAGUCUAUUUCAGAUAUAUCCCAGGACAGGUUGUUGCCUUCGACAUUGGUCAGUGCUUUUCAUCAUGGAAAUGGCAAUACAAGGGACAUGGCUGAGAAAAUUCUAAGGCAUUUGAAUAGGAUGCCUAAUGCCACUUCUUCAUACUAUACAAUGUGAAAGUCAUUCUUAUUUUUAAUGUAUAUAUAGUAAAAUCCAAGAAUAGACAUGUUCCAAAUUUGCAUUUUUCUUAAUCAUAUGGAACUGUAAAAUAGUGUUGCACAUACCAAGUUAAGUUUGAAAAUGAGUGUUAAUUUGAAAUAAGAAGUUAAUGUGA